AAUUCCAGCUCUAUACUUUUUGUUGAUAAGUGAAAAGCAAAAGAAGAAUGGGAGCCUUUGAAGAAUUGGCGGAAGGAUGCAUUGCCGCCGUACUCUGUCGUACGACUCCUGUUGACGUCGGCAGGCUCUCUCUUGUCUCCAAGACUUUCCGUUCUGCCGCCGACUCCGAUGAAAUCUGGGAUCGUUUUCUCCGUUCUGAUCCCCUACUCAUAGCCGAUAUCAUCUCACAGUUUCCUUCCCUUGCCAACGCUCCCACCAAAAGAGCAUUCUAUCUAGCCCUCUCUAAUCAUCCUAUCCUCACUCGUGAUGGUCGAAUGAGCGUUCAAUUGGACAGAAAGAGUGGAAAAAAGUGUUACAUGCUUGCUGCUAGAUCUCUCUCUUUUGGUUGGGCUGGCGUUGCUUGGGAAGAUUUUGAGCAAAAUCGUAACUGGACUUCUAUGCCGGAUUCCAGGUUCCCUGAAGUUGUUGAGAUUCUUAAUGUGUGUCGGCUUAAAAUUCGUGGAAAGAUAAACACCCGUGCCUUGUCCCCGAAUACUACAUAUGCAACUUAUCUUGUGUUCAAGAUGAUUGAUGGCUUUGGUUUUGGGGUGAAGAACUAUCCUGUGGAAUUAUCGUUUGGUGUAGCAGGUGGUCACACUAGAACCAAAAUUGUCAUUUUGGUGGAUCCAAACGUGAAAUGUAGGCGGAUCAACAAAAUAUUAGGUAGUCAGGACAACAAAGCAUUUAGAUUGCAACAACCUAGAAUGAGAAGUGAUGGGUGGUUGGAGACUGAGAUGGGAGAGUUCUUCAAUUCAGGCUUAGAAGAUGAAGAAGUCCAAAUGAGUAUUACUGGGAUAAAGGAUGGUUAUACUUGGAAGAGAGGUUUCUUUGUUGAAGGAAUAGAAGUUAGGCCCAAGGAAGAUAAUAAUCAAUAUAAACUAAACUAUGGAGGGGUCUUGUGUCUUGGAUGGUAGAAUAGUGCCUAAACUAGAACAAGCAAAUGAAGUUUGACAAAUCUUUGCCAUCAAGAUGUUUGAUGGCCAUAUACAAAUAUGUUGAGAAUAAAUACCCACAUCUCUUGAAUUUGACAGCUCUUUAUUGUUUUAGUUGUUGCUCUUGGGUACCAAUUUUGUUUUGAAAUGAUUCAUUCUCUUAUCAACACAGUUCCCUAUCCCAUUUAAGAACAAAUUACCAACGCAA